GAUAGCCUCGAGUGCAAGCUGAGGCCGGAGGAAAGGAGCAGCCAUGUUGAAUUAUUCGACGACCAGGACCAGGACAGAUGAUUGUGGAAUCUGAUUGCGGUCGUAGAGCGUCAUUAUCUGAGCUUCGAGGAAAGGUUACCAGAUCACCAUGGAUCACCAGCUAUCUGUUGUGUUGAAUGAAGAAACAAUAGAUAUCCCAUCAGAUCUAAUUGAAAAUGAAAGUGUUUUCAAGAGUGUACUGAGCUACCAUACUUGGCAAAGCCUGUCCCCUGUUGAGAAAGCACAUUUGCAGAAAUAUCUGCCACCUUCCAAAGUUCAGCGUUCCCAAGAAGAAACAAUAAGGUUAUUAUUCAGUGAAGAUCCAAACUUUAAACAUGGAAAUGCAGUUGAUGUCUUGUAUAAGAACUUGAAAGCCGGUCGCUGCUCUCCAAGCAUCGCGAGAAAGUUAAAGAAAUGCAGAUCACUCAAGUAUAAAGAUUACAAGCUCAGGGAAAAACAAAGAUAUCGCAAGCUCUUAAAGGAUGUUCUUGUUUCAAGACAGAGAAUAUUGGACCAGCUUGCAAGACAUGGACCAGGACAGCCAAUUCAGACAACAAGGCCUGAGCCAAUUGACACCUCUGCAACAAUAGAUGAGCGAGUUCACAAAAAACUUCAAAAGGUUUUGAAGGACGUAAAGACUGAAUGUAAUGAUGACACUAUUUCUUCUGAUGAAGAGGAAUUUGAUGCACGGAAAUAUGAACACAUGCCUUUUUACCCUAAUGAAAAUCAGUUUCCACACCAUUUAUUCAAUUCUCCAAUGCGACCGAGGAUGUUUUCUCCACCAAAUCCUGCGUACGGGUUUCCACCGUACCGUUUGCCAAAUACGGGAACUGAAAUACCUGAAGAAAUCUAUAGAUCGAUGCUUGACAGGCAUCGAAAACGAAGACUUUGUAGCGAGACUCACCCAGAACUUGAUGUGUCAGCAAUAAGUCUAGCAGAUAUAAUUAUGAGAGCAAACCCAGCAAAGAAAGGUGUUAAAAAGUCUAAGAAAGUUAAGAAACUGAGAAAGAAUCGCGACGAAAAGGUGAAAAUGAAAAAACGAUACAGAUCACAACUGCCUCCUCUGAGUGAAAAGGAGAUCAUAAGAAUCAAACAGCUAUCGUCAAAGCAAGGAGGUCCUGAUAAAGAUAGGAUCACACGAGAUAUUAAGACAGAGGACCCUCAUGACACUUCGAGUGAGAAUGAUGAGGAUCAAGGAGAACAAUGCUUCUUUACUUUAAUUAGAGGAUUCUUUUUAGAGCGCGAAGAUUUGCAGUGCUCUGCACUCGAGCUUCAACAAGAAAUUGCUGCCUGGGAGAAUUCCGAUGAAGCUGCGGAUGUUUCUUGGAUAGGAGAAAGCUCUUCAUGGCCUGGCCUGGUUCUUUCAUCGCUGAACUUUCUUGCUGGAAGUAAUAAUGCUGGUUUGUCCCUAGACUUUGUGCCUCUUGUUACGUUUAUUCAGGAGACCAACACAUGGAAGUGGACAGGGAUAAGUCAUGAUGAUGAUAAUACAUUGACACAGAUUUGCAGAUAUUGGCUUGAUUCUCUACAGCAGGAUGAGAGUGAGCAACUUUCGUUUGAUCAACAAGAAAUUCUUAGCCCAAAUACAAGCAUUGGCCAACAAAAGACCGAUUUCGUUGUUCGACCUAGUACAGAUCAGGAAAAGCUGGCUUUUCAGCUGCAGGAAAGGAAGCGUUAUGAAAAUCCUCACAAGCCAUUCAUUUACAAAAUGCAUGGCUUUUCUUCAAUCGUUGGACCUGUUAAGGGUGUUUUUAAUAAAGAUACCGGCACGAGCAAAGCCAGAGAACAUGCACUUCUCAUUUCAAAUCGUCCUGCUUACGUCACAAUUUUGUCUCUUGUUCGCGAUGCUGUUGCCAGGUUACCGAACGGUGAAGGGACUAGAGCUGAGGUAUGCCAGCUGCUGAAAGAUUCCGCCUACAUCAAUCCAGAGGCUACAGAUGCACAGAUCCAUGCAGUCGUCAGUGGGGCGCUAGAUAGAUUACACGCUGAAAAGGACCCAUGUGUUAAAUAUGACAUUACCAGAAAGCUGUGGGUGUAUCUUCAUAGAAUCCGAUCUGUAGAAGAAUUUGAGAGAAUUCACCAAGCCAGUGCUGCCGCUGCGAUGGCAAAAAAGCAGCUCAAUCAAAAACAGAAAGGCCCCAGCAAGAAACGCCAAAGCCAAGAACAGGGGGAUUCAGGCGAAAGCCCAAAGAUCAAGCCCAAAUCGAGUAAAGCCUCGAACGAAAAGCCCAAAAAGAGCAGCAAAAAGUCGAAACCAAAUGUGACGUCAUCGCCUGCAACAGAAUCGGCAAUCAGCGCGGAACCGUCGGACUCGCAAAGUACGACGUCGUCGGGUCAGCUGCCAUCACAAUCUGAACGAGCAGCCGAAAAAGAGGAGACAGCAAUUCCCUCAGCAGCCACAACAGCAACAACAAAACCAAGCCAUUUCCCAGACCAUUUAACGUAUUUUGCUCAUGUGCGGGGCGCACUUCCUGUUUCCAGCCAAAGUUUGAAUCUGCAAAACGCUGUUCCGUUGAAGAUAACGUUUCCACGUGGUGCACUGGGGUCAUUCCAGUCAAAUUCUAUGACACUCCAUAUCCCCAAACCUGCGGAGCAACGGCUAAUGCUAGGAGCUAGUCGACAAGAACCUGCACGUCAUUUAAAUCUAACUGAACAUUUAAUGAUAAAUCGGAACGCUGGUGAGUUUUUGCCACAGAUGGACUCAUCUUUUGAUGAAAAUUUACAGUAACUGUCACCUUUUCUGUCGUCCAAUUUUUUGAAAUGUAUAUUCAAAUAUAUAAAUCUUUGCUGAUAAA